CACAUACACACACAAGAGAUGAUAAACUCAUUUACAACAUCGUUUAUAAAGCCAUCUACAAUGAUGUUGGUUAGGAGGUCGACCGUUCCCCUCUCCAACUUUAACAGAUCUUUCUCGACCGUGCAAUCAGUAGCGACAUCAUCAUCAUCGACAACAACAGUAGCGACAACAGAAAACAAUGGUCUCAAGCAGUUCUUUGAGCACGAAUACAAGAAGGGCACAUAUCCUCUAUCUGGAAAUUCAUGGGAGGCCAGAGAUCUGCGAGGCAAGUCAUUCGAGGAUCUUCACAAACUCUGGUUCGUGCUUCUCAAGGAGAGAAACAAGGUGGCCACUGAGAGAGAGCUGGCCAAAGGACACAAGCUCACAAAUCCACUACGUUUGAAGAAGAUUCGCAAGUCGAUGGCAGCAAUCAAAGUGGUGUUGGGAGAGAGAGAUCAAUUGAGGAAGCAAUUGUAUAUUUUAACACAGUGUCAAGACAAUGAAAGGAAGGAGGUACUGGCCAACAUUGAGCGUUUGAAGACGCUUGUUGGCGCCGUGUCUCUGACACCAGGUCUGAAGGAUCUGGAGAAGCUGCAAGACUCAUUCAAGGUUGACGAGUCACUGUCGAUUGAGGAAUCAAUUGAUAACCUUGUUGUUGGUAAUAAUACAAACAAG